AUGGCUCGCCAUUUGAACAAACUAGAAGAAGCGAGUCUUGGAAGAGCUGGCUUGGACGCACGGCGCUACGAGGUGGAUCCAAACACUGUGCCUCAUAAUCAACCACCUCCAUGUAGUGCACAUAUGUCGUUUUUCAGCAAGGUAAGCGGAAUUAGAUCACUCAUUCGAAAUCAUGUGAGCAGAGAACCGUGCUGCUCUUCGAAUUGA